GUGUGCGCAGAAUCGGUCGGUCUAAUUUGAACAUUUUUUUUUUAGUGCGCGCGUGCCACGAUUUACUAUUGCAUACACACACAUAGUCACAAAAUAAACACAAAUUGUAGUAUUUUAUAUAUUUUUUUUGCAAGUGCGCGCUUUGAUAUUUCAUAUUUGAUUUAUUAGUCUACCUGUGCAUACACACACACAUAUGCACAUAGAGAGCUUUUGGAGAAGAGGCCAAUGCAGCAGCAGCAACAACAACAGCAACAAAACGCAUGAAAUGUAGUAGAAUUCUUCUAAUGUGUGUGACGAAGUGACGUAGAAAGCAGCAGCAGAAGAAGUAGAAGCAGAAGAGAACGCGGUACGCUUGAAAAAAGCAGAGCUCAAAACGCAAACACACAAACACACACAUACACAAAUACAAAUACGAAUACAAAGAAAGCAUAUAAAGUACAAACGUGGACAAUAACAGUGGCAGCGGCAGCGGCAGCGGGGAGCGCAACAGUUAACUGAAACGAGGGAGCAGCAAACAACAACAACAAAGCAACAAUGCAUCAGCCGGCAGCUUGAAGUUUUGCCAGCCCCACAAUUCCCCUGUACUUGCUCCCGCUCAGCGCUUGCAGAAGAAAGACAAAUUAUUAAUAAUUGCAAAUAGUUCGCUGGAAAAGUUGGAGCUGAUCUACUGAACGCAUACGGGUUAGAUCCAAGUUGGACGCGAUGGACUGGGCCGAAGGCGAUCUGGUGUGGUUCGAUCCGGGCGUGGGUCAUCCCAUACCCGGCGAGAUUCAGGAGGUGCAUCGCGCAGCUCAAGUGAUUGUCGUCCAGGCCAUGAUCAAGGGCAAGGCACAAACGUUUGCCCUGCAGCCGGGCGAGGGCAGCCUGCGGGCGCGUCAGGAUUUGGGCAGCAGCGGAGUGGAGGACAUGACCCUGCUGGACGAUCUGCACGAGGCGUCGCUGCUGUGGAAUCUGCGACUGCGCUACGACAAGGGGCUCAUCUACACGUUCGCGGGCAGCAUUUUGAUCGCGGUCAAUCCCUACAAGAUGUUCCCCGACGCCUACGGCCUGGAGGUGGCCAAGCAGUACGCGGGCCGUCCGCUGGGCGCUCUGCCGCCGCAUCUGUUUGCCAUUGGAGCGGCGGCGCAUGCAGCACUGCCCUCACCCCAGGUGGUCGUCAUAUCGGGGGAGUCGGGCUCCGGCAAAACGGAGUCCACCAAACUCGUAAUGCAAUAUCUGGCGGCGGUGGUGCCGGGCGGCGGCAGUGCCUCGGCUGUCAUCACGGAGCAGAUACUGGAGGCGGCGCCGCUGCUGGAGGCCUUCGGCAAUGCGCGGACCGCACGCAACGACAACAGCUCCCGGUUCGGCAAGUAUCUGGAGGUCUACUUUAAGAGCGGCGCCAUUGUCGGCGCCAAGAUAACCCAAUAUCUGCUGGAGAAGUCGCGCAUUGUCACCCAGGCGCCCGGCGAGCGCAACUAUCAUGUCUUCUACGAGAUGCUCGGCGGCCUGAGCGAAUCGGAGCGCGCCAAAUAUGGUCUGCUCGAGGCGGACAAGUACUUCUAUUUGAACCAGGGCGCGACGGACUGUGCCAGCGGUCGGGUCGACUGGGCCUCCCUGCUGAGCGCCAUGCAGGUGCUCGGUGUCACCGAGGGCGAACGCGAGGGCAUUGUCCGUGUGCUAGCGGCCGUGCUGCAUCUGGGCAACGUGUACUUCCAUCGCCGGCAGCUGCGUCACGGCCAGGAGGGCGUCGAGAUUGGCUCCGAUGCCGAAAUCAAAUGGGCCGCCCAUCUGCUGCACAUCAGCGCCGAGGGCAUGCACCGAGCGCUGACCAGCCGGACGACCGAGGCGCGAGCCGAGCGCCUCCACACGCCGCUCGGCAUCGAUCAGGCGCUGGAUGCCCGCGAUGCGUUCGCCAAGGCUCUCUAUGCGGGCCUCUUCAAUUGGCUCGUCUCGCGCAUCAAUUCGAUUGUGCAGAAGGGCGGCACCCAUGACGCCCAUCGCAUCAGCAUCCUGGACAUCUUCGGCUUCGAGGAUCUGGCCGAGAACAGCUUCGAGCAGCUGUGCAUCAACUAUGCCAACGAGAAUCUGCAGCUGUAUUUCAACAAGCACGUCUUCAAGCUCGAGCAGGCCGAGUAUGCUCGGGAGCGUCUCGAGUGGACGCCUCUCGCCUGGGACGAUAAUUUGCCGGUGAUCCAUCUGCUGGCCAAGAAACCGGUCGGCAUUUGUCAUCUGCUCGACGACGAGUCAAAUUUUCCGCGUGCCACCGAUCUGAGUUUCCUCGAGAAGUGCCACUAUAAUCACGCGCUCAGCGAACUGUACGCCCGGCCGCGCAUUGGCGCCCAGGAGUUCGGCGUUACACACUAUGCCGGCCAGGUGUGGUAUUGCGUUGAUGGUUUUCUGGACAAGAAUCGGGAUGCGCUGCGCAGCGAUGUGCUCGAGCUGCUGGCCACCAGCCGGCUGCCCCUGGUCAGCGAGCUGACCAAGCAGCUGCGGGCCCAACGCGAUGCCGGCAAGACCCUGCCCAAGGGCAGUAACGGACGCUUUGUCACCAUGAAGCCGCGCACGCCGACGGUGGCCGCCCGCUUUGCGGACUCACUGCAGCAGCUGCUGCAGUCGAUGGGCCGCUGUCAUCCGUGGUUUGUGCGCUGCAUCAAGCCCAAUCAGGAGAAGCAGCCGCUGCGCAUGGACAUGCCCUGUGUCCUGCAGCAGCUGCGCUAUCUGGGCAUGCUGGACACCAUACAGAUACGCCAGCGCGGCUAUCCGGUGCGUCUGCGCUUCCAGCACUUUGUCGAGCGCUAUCGCCAUCUGUUGAGCGCGCCGCUUGCCCGCGGCACGCCCUAUCGCGAGCUCUGCCGCCUGCUGCUGGAGGCGAUGCCGCGCACCGGCGUCGAGGGACCCGACUAUCAGCUGGGCGCCACGCGCGUCUUCCUACGCGAGGCACUGCAUCGCGCACUCGAGAGCGGACGCACCGAACGUCUGCGCCAGGCCGCCGUCCAUAUACAGCGGCAUGUGCGCGGCAUGCUGGUGCGCCGCCAGCUGGCCCGACGCCAGUCGGCGGCCAUCCGUCUGCAGGCACGUUGGCGCGGCCAGCGCCAGCAGCUGCGGUACGAGCAGCUGCGACGGGGCGUGCGCACCGCCCAGCGGCUGUGGCGCGGCAAGAUGGCGCGGCGUCGCGUCCAGCAGCUGCGCUCCGAUCAUCGCCGGCGGCAAGAGGCGCGCGAGGCGGCGCAGCGGGCGCGGGAGGCGCGCGAGGCCAAGCAGGCGGUGCUGGAGCGCAGCCAGCUCAGCUAUCUGGACAUACCCGCCGAGCUGGCGUUCAUCUAUUCGAAGCUGCAGGGCUGGACGCCGCCGCACAGCGAUCGGCAUCUGGUCAAGGUGCUGGGCACGGUGCCCGGCCCGCCCGCGGCCAGUGCACAGCUGCCGUCGGAUCUGGGCCAGUUUAGCUUUGGCAAGUUCAGCAGCGUCUAUUGCAACGGGCUGCGGCUGCAGCCGCGCCGCGAGCCAAUUGCGGCGCCCCUGUUGACGCGCGCCGCCUCCCGGGAUCAGGACUUUCAGGAUGCCCUCGCCGUCUUCAAGCUCAUACUGCGCUGGAGCAACGACAAGGCGCUGGAGGGCGAGGGCGCCAAGGAGAAGCUGCUCUCCGACUAUAUUGUGCACAAGGCGCUCAGCUCGCGCGGCCUGCGCGACGAGAUUCUCGUCCAGCUCUGCAAUCAGCUGCACGGCGCCGAACCCGCUCUGGCCACACGCCUCUGGCAGCUGCUCGGCCAGUGCCUGUGCUGCUUCCAGCCGAGUCCGGCGUUUAGCAAGUAUCUGCUCAAGUUUGUCACGGACGAGGCGCCGGCGACGGCCACGCGCCAGCUGCUCCAGCGCCAGCUGCUGCGCCAGCAGAGCAGCUCAACCGGCGCCGCUGCCAAUUGUCGCAGCUUCGUGCCCGCCUGGCUGGAGUGGCGCGCCUGGGCCCGUGGUUGCGACAUGGCCUUGCCGCUCACACUGCCCGAUGAGGCCAGCCAGACGGUGGCCGUCGAUUCCUGGACCAGUUGCGAGGAGGCCGCCGCUUUGGCCGUUUCCACGCUGGGCGUGGCCAGCCGCGGCUGGACCCUGGUGCUGGACGAUGGCCAGCAGCUGACGGACAGCUGCGGGCUCGACUAUGUCAUGGAUCUGAUUGCCGAGAAGGAGCUGUGCCCCGCCUUCCCAGCGCCGCGCAGCGACCUUUUGCGCUCCGGCGCAAAAUUCACGCGCACUAGCCUGCCCGAGGCCGUCAAGCGUCCGGGCGUGCCACCGCCGGCGCCACCCACAACGUCCGCCGCCGCCGCCGCCGCCGCCGCCAGCAAGCAGCAGCGGGAUCGGGAGCGGGAGAGGGAUAGGGAGCGGGACAUGGAGCCGGAGCCGGCUCAGCCGCAGCGACGCAGCAGUCGGGAGCUGCUGUCACGCAGCUCGGCGCUGAACGAGCGCUAUUUCGAACGGACCGAGGAGCCCAUAACGCCGCAUCUGCUGCCCGGGGCGCAGUCCAAGUCGCGCUCCAAGUCGCUGGACGAUCUGCUGGCCGGGGAUAUGGGCAGUCAGCAGCUGCCGCUGCCCGACAGCGAUUCGCAGGAGUCGCCGCUGCACACGCUCGCCUUGGGUCUGUCCGAGAGCAGGCUGAACGAUCGCUACCAUUCGGCGGAGCGGCUGGCGCCGAUGGGCAAGGAGUCGGCGCCGCGCUAUCAGAAAUCCCAGAAUGCCGGACGGCGUUCGCAUGCCGCAUCGCACGGCUCCGCGCACAGCAGCAAAUACAACAUGGACAAGUCGGAAUAUGCGACACGCUCCUCGGCCAUGUCGGACACCAGCGAGGCGCCCUCGCUGGCCUCCCAUGUGCGGCGCGUGCGCGUCCCCUCGCAGGCCUCCGACGUCGAUCAGUUUCUCGACGAUCUGUUUAGCCCCGUGCUCGAUGGCUCACUGGACGAGCUCUCCGAUGCGCGCUCCCUGGCCGCCAGCAUACGAGGCGGCGGCGGUGGCGGCGCCCAGAGAGCUAAUCCUGCUCAAGCUGACAAUCUUGAACAGUUUGUGGGCGAGCUGUUGCCUUUGGACGAGACACUCGAUACGCUCGGCUCGCGUCAGCAGCUGGUGGCCUGCAUCAAGGGCGGCGGCAGCACGGAGCACAGCCAAGCCGGCGCCGCCGAUCCGCUGCUGCAUCAGCUCAUCCAGCUGCCCGGCGGCGAUUCAGAUGCCGCGCCUGCCGCUCUCUAUCAGCAGCAGGUGCAGCGCGCCUUUCUCCAGUCGGCCAUGGCGCAGAAUCUACAGAUACAACAGCAGCUGCUGGCCCAGAACCAGGCCCUCCAAACCCUGCUCAGCCAGCAGGCCAGCGCCAACAACAACAACAACAACAACAACAAUGGGAGCAACAACAACAAUGGGAGCGGCAGCAAUGGCAGCGGCUCACCUCCGGCUGCGAUCAUUGGCAGCAUCUCGCCGCCGCCGGCUCAGACGCCGCUGCGCUUGAAGACGACGACCAUGAUGACGACGACGAGAAGCAGCAGUUUGGUGCUGGAGGCAGCGUCUGGGAUGCAGCCGCCGGCGCCGCCGCCGCCGCCGCCGAUGCCGCCACCGCUGGAGAGCAAGGAUCCGUCGGAGACGCGCCACUUUCUGGAUCCCUAUGGCCGGGCCAAGACGGUGCGCAUUGGCAAAUGGCGCUGGCCGCCGCCGCAGGGCGAGCCGCAAUUCCAAACGGAGGAGGACUUCUUUGCCUUCAAGCUGCGCCAGCAGCAGCGCAAGACAACGCCCCAGGCGCAGCAUAAUGCCGGCAGCAGCAGCAGCAGCGCCGCCGCCGCCGCCGCCGCCGCGGCCAUCGAGUGGGAGGAGUUCGAGAUUGAGUCCUGCAAGAGUCCGACGCCGCCCGUCAUGCAGCUCAUGCGCAGCAGCAUGCGCCUGGAGACGAAUGGCGGCGGAAGGGAUGUACAGGAUGCGGCACAGCUGCACCACCAUCAGCUCCAGCUCCAGCAGCAGCAUCAGCUCCAACAGCAGCAGCAGCAGCAGCAGCAGACGACGACGACGACGACGACAACGACCACAAUUAUGGCCACAAAGCUGGCCAAGAAGAGCUUCGAGAUUGGCGCCGAUCGCCCGCCACCGGGCAGCGUCGGCAAGCUGAAGCUCAGCUCGGAGAUGCGCCAACGUCUCGAGCAGGUGACCGCCGGGCAUUCGGUGCGCUCCACCGUCUCCAAUAAGUCGGAGCAGCGUGCUCCCGCCAAGCUGGAGGACACGCGCAAACUGAUGCUACAGCAGCAGCUGGGCGGGCUCUUUGCCAGCGCCAAUCCGCCGCCCGUCGAGUCCCUGGCCACGGUCCGCACCCAGAUCGAGCGCAUGGAGGGCAAACUAUCGCCGCCGCCGGCUCCACCGGGCAGCGCCUGGCCGGGCGUGCUGCUGCCGCCGGCGCCCAGCGUGCCGGCGCCACCGCCGCCCAUAAGGCCGCCCAGCAUGGCGCCGCCUGCACCGCCGCCGGCGCCACAAAGUCCGCCCGCGCAGCAGCAGCAGCAGCACGGAUCACCCGAUGCCGACGAGCCGGAGCCAGACUAUCGCAAGGAGCACGUGCCCGCUUUUAUACAGCGCCAGGAGCGCGACACCUUCGGUGCAGUGCGUCAAAUGCACCAUCUCCAGCACCAGCAGCAGCAGUCACUGCACCACCAUCAGCACCAUCUCCAACAGCAGCAUCACCAGCACCAGCAGCAGCAGCAGCAACAGCAUUCGCUGCACCACCAGCAGGAGCAGCAUGCGGCCGCCGCCUGGGAGCAGGAGCUGCAAACGGAGCGGGAGCGCUCGCGCAGCCGCAGUCGCUCGCGGGAUCGGGAAGACUACUCGGAGUCGGUGUGGGAUCGCGCCGAGGUCGAGGGCCCCGCCUCGGGCAGCGGCAGCGAGAAGGAGCGCGAGAAGCGCGAACGCGAACGCGAGCGUCUCUACGAGCUGCGCCAGGUGGAGCGCGAGAAGGAGAGCCACAAGGUCUAUCAGCCGGCGCCGCCGCGCGUCAUACAGGCCAGCCUGGACACCACAGGCGCCAAGUUGAAUCGCGAAAGGGAACGAGAACGAGAACGGGAAAGGGAAAGGGACCGAGAUCGGGAAAGGGAACGAGAUCGAGAUCGAGAUCGAGAAAGGGAACGAGAAAGAGAAAGAGAUCGGGAGCGGGAGCGGGAUCGAGAUGCUUUGGCCUCGACGCCGGCCACGUUCCGCACGCACAUGGCCCAGAAGUAUGAGAACGAGCGCAAGCGCAAGAGCUCCGCCAGUUCGGCGGGCAUGCGUGAAGAUCUACUGGACUCGAGCAUGUCGGCCGUGGUGGUGCCGGCUCCUGUGCCGCCGCCCGUUACGCCCACAUCCUCAUCGACCGUGGCGGCGACAGCAGCUGCCGUUACGGCCAGCUCAGCGGCUGGCACCGGCGCCGGCGCCGUCGGAUCGAGCGCCUGCCUCACCUACAAUCGCGUGCCAUGGAAACUGCGGGUGCGCAAGGAGGUAUUCCAGCCGCACGAGCCAAUCGGUCCGCCCGUGGCGCUCGAUCUGCUCUUCGCCCAGGUGCUCAGCGAUGUGUUCGGCGUGACGCCCUGUCUGCGCAUCACGCCGCAGGAGAAGAAUGCGGCGCUAAAUAUGCUCCAUGGCCAUGGCGUCAGCGUGGACACGUUGGCUGCCCGCGGGCAACAGGUGCGCGCUUUGGUCAAACGUCAUCUGGUGGACAUGGCCCGCGACUGGCCCCUGUACUUUGCCCGCCUGUUUGCCGUUCAGGGCGCACCGCUCUAUCCGGAUGUCUCCAUCAUGGGCGUCUCCCACAGCGGCCUCUAUUUGGCACGGCGCGACGCCGACUAUCUGAUCGUUGUACAGGCCAUAUCCUUUGCCGAGAUCCAGAACGCCGUCACGCUGCCCCGGCCCGCCGCCCUGCAGCUCAAUCUGCGCAACGGCAAGCAUCUGGCCCUCCAUGCCACACGAGCCGCCGCCAUCCAAACGAUGAUCACCGCAUUUGUCCAGGAGUACCGCAAGUCGCAAUCGAAGGCAUCGACGCUGUCGUCGGGCGCACGCGCCGCCGCCCAAACGCUGAACGUGCCGCUGGAGCGUCUGGAGGCGCGCCAGGCGCAUGCCCAGCGCCAGGAGCACGCCCACUCCAAUGGCAACCAGGAGGAGCAGCAGCAGCAGCAGCAGCAACAACAAGUGGAGCUGCAUCAUCAGCAACAGCAACAGCAGCUGGAGGAUGCCGCCGAGGAGCAGCAGCUGGCGGAUCAGCAGCGUUAUAUGAAGCAGCAGAGCUAUCUGCACUCGGCGCGCAAAUCGAAUGCCGGUCAGCAGCCCAGCUCCCUGACCAAUGGCCACCAGCAGCAGCAGCAACAGCAACAGCAGCAACAGCAGCAGCAACAGGCAGCGCAUCAUGACUUGGAUGGCAACUAUAUGUUGCAGGAUGAGCUUAAUGGCAGCGGCACGCCUCCAUCUGUGACCAAGUACUCGCUGCUGCAGUUCGCCAUGCAGCAUUUCCGCAAUGAUCAGCUGCGCGACGCGGAUCGUCAUCACGAGCGUCAUCAGUCGUCGGCUGCGAAUCGCUCCUAUGCGGAGCUGGUCAAGUGGCAGGGCCAUGCCAUACGCCUGCCCCUGCUGCGUCUGCCCAAUGAUCUGGCACCGCUGGCGCUCGAAUGUUUCGAUUGCAUUCUGCGCUACUGCGGCGACAUACCGCUCGAUCCGGAGCUGACCGAGGUCAAGUGCGUCUAUACCGUGUUAAUGCAUUGUCACAAGUAUCUGGCGCUGCGGGAUGAGGUCUACUGCCAGCUGAUGAAGCAGACGACGGCGAAUCGUUCGCCCUGUCCGGACAGCUCGCAGCGCGCGUGGCGUCUGCUCAGCAUAUUGGCGGCCUACUUUGGCUGCUCGGACGCACUGCGUCCUUAUCUGAUGGAGCAUCUGACAUCGGCCGCCUCGGAUCGCCGUCGCUCGUGCCAUGGCACCGCCGCCGUCUGCCUAACCAAUCUCCGGAAAACGGCGCGCUGCGGCGGACGCAAGAAUGUGCCCAGCGUCGAGGAGGUGACAGCCGUCUCGGCGGGUCGCUCGGCCCGUCGCCAGAUCUAUAGGCUGCCCGGCGGAGCGGAGCGUGUGGUCAACACACGCUGCUCCACAGUGGUCGCCGAUGUCAUUGCCGAGCUGUGCGCCCUGCUCGGCGUCGAGUCGGAGGCCGAGCAGCAGGAGUUCUCGCUCUACUGCAUCGUUCAGGGCGACGCCUUCACCAUGCCUCUGGCCGCCGAUGAGUACAUCCUGGACGUGACCACGGAGCUGCUUAAGUCCGGACAGCCAUUCUACUUGAUAUUCUGUCGCUCCGUCUGGCACUUUGCGCUCAAGCGCGAACCGGCGCCGAUGCCGUUGUACGUGGAGGUGCUCUUCAAUCAGGUGGCGCCCGAUUAUCUGGAGGGUCUGCUCCUGGAGCUGCCCGGCAAUGGUGUGCCAAUGCCGGAGAUGGUACGGGAUAUGGCGCGCAUCGCUGCCCUGCUGCAUCGGGCCGCCGAUCUGAGCCAUGUGCCGGCCAUGAAGGAGAUCAAAUUUCUGCUGCCCAAGCCGGCGCUGGGCAUACGCGAGAUCCGGCCCGCCCAGUGGGUGGGCCUGGUGCAGUCGGCGUGGCCGCAGGUGGCCGGUCUGAGUCCGGGGCAGGUGAAGGCGCAGUUCUUGAACGUGCUGGCCGCCUGGCCCCUGUUCGGCAGCAGUUUCUUUGCGGUGAAACGCAUCUGGGCCGAGGAGGGGCCGCACGUGGAGGACAAUCACAGUCCCAUGUGGCGGGAUCUGAUAUUGGCCUUGAAUAGACGCGGAGUGCUAUUCUUGGAUCCAAACACACACGAAACACUGCAGCACUGGAGCUUCAUGGAGGUCAUCUCCACGCGCAAGGUGCGCUCCGAGGAUGGCGCCCUCUUCCUGGACAUGAAGGUGGGCAAUCUAAUGCAACAGCGCGUCAUACGCGUCCAGACGGAGCAGGCGCACGAGAUCUCGCGCCUGGUGCGCCAAUACAUCACCAUGGCCCAGAUCAGUCAGCGCGACAAGCGGGAGCUAAACUAGAUGCAACGAAUAUUACGAAUAUGUUUAUUAUUAUUAUAACUAUUAUUACUAUUAUUAUUAUUAUUAUUAUAAUAUUCCCCACACUUUUUUUUUUGUCUCGAUUUUUAAGUCCAUAUAUAUUGAUACCUGUGCCUAAGCCCAUAAGGGAGCAGAAUCUUUCCCAAUACCCAACCUCCUCCAACACUUUAUCGGCCAUAUUCCAAUUCUUUCGCCUCUUCCAUGCAGUCAUAUAGAUGCCUAUAUGCUGGCAUUAUAUCUGAACAAUUUGUGUCCUAAUUUUAAGCAACAAUGUGCAAUCGCAAUCCGAGUAUUUGGCCCCGGCUCUUUCAUUCCAUAUCCCUGCUAUGAAUUCUUUUCCCUCUGCUAAGCUUAAGCGAAUCUUAAAUAUAUAUAAACUCUUUUUU